AUGUGCCUGACGUUGACCGAGGCGAUACUGCCAAGUUCAGGUACCAGCUGGUGGCGCCACGUGGAUGGCGUUGGUGAGUGGAUGAGGCUUUGGGGUCCGGAGUCCUUUAGCCUUGGAGCCCGUCAUAAACUCUUCACUGGAUUCAGACCCCUGCUUGUUCUAAAAGAUUUUAUGUCCCGCAAAGCUUCCUUUCUAUCGACUGAAAACUGGAAAAGACUGCCAUUCAAGUCCCAACAGGCAACAACAAUGGAGCUCCUGCUUAGUGAGGCUUCUGGUAUUCCCACAAUUCUCGAACUUAUCGACACCAUCGAGCAUAGCACUCCCAGUGUGUCUUCGUUCAUCGCUGCACAGGCAAUCGCCUCGCUCACGACAAGUUAUGACAAUCUACAAGGCUGGGGCGAACCUUUAGAUGCAGAUCCAUCUACGUGCUUGUUCUGCUGGCGGACGCCAUCAAACAGCUCCUGGGCCUGGGGAGGCUACAACAUAUGGUUUCCCAGUGUAUCCGCUGCCAAUUUGGCCAUGCAUCUGUGGGCGUUCAAGGUAGUUUGCCUGACUGAGAUCCAAAGGCUCCAGACCAGGUUUCCCGAUGUACCUUGUGACUGGCCAGUCCCAGCAGGAUGGGAAUUAGGGCAUUGGCUCAGAGAUACUUAUAUUGAGCUUUCUGUGAGAAUUGUUCAGAGCGCCAAUUUUCUGCUCCAGGAUCGCCUGGCACUCUUUGGGCCACUCUCAAUUCCCUUCCCCCUCACCACGGCUUGUCAGACGUUCAAGAUGGACGGGGAGCGUAGCGUGGAACUGUGGAAACUGACCAAUGAUAUACUGCAAAGGAGUCUCUUGCAGAGGUAUAGGAGCACAUAA